CGAGCAUUCUCUGUCGCGGUCCAACGCCGGGGCGACAGGCGGCCGACGUUGCUUCCCGCCGUGCGGUCACACGAGUCCUGCGACGUAUGCAGCACAUUGGCAUUCCUUGACAGAGCAUUCUGCAGAGGCGAUCACAGUACGGACGGGCGGCUGGGAUCCCCCCAACCUAAUCCACUCACACUCACCCACACGGGCGACUGAGGUUGCGGCCAGCAAGCAAUUUCUCCUAUCCUAAUGCGCAUUUCGGCCGGCCAAACGCAGCCUCGAACGUCCGCGCGCCGGUGCUGCCCCUCUUGCUUCGGGCCUCAGACGCGUGCCCACACUCCCCGGUACGGCGCUCUCGAUCAACACAGUUGCUGUUGCCAUCGGCGCCCUCGUCAGCCUGUUCCUCUUCGUCUUCUUCCGCUUCCUCGCUCUCGUCCGGACCGCGGUCAGCUCGGCCGCUCUGCGCUCGUCGGACGAGGACGGGCAGCCGCAGAGGUCUGCCGCUCCUUCCCAACUAGGGGCCCGUCCAAUUUCCCCAAAAAACAACGGCUACCAGAUCCGCGCCGCAGGCACGUGACACAUCACAGGCGCCUCUGCAGCCCGCGUCCGCGGCAGCCCUCGUCUCCUUCAACCCUACACAGCCCGCCGCACGCCCGCCUCCAGCUCGCCGUCGUCCGACCAACACGUCCCAGUUGCAAUCGCAGUCGCAAACGCGUACGAGACCCACCCACAUCUCCAGGGGCGCUCAUCCCACCGGAAAUCCCCACCAGCCACUUCCCACUCCGCGCUGGUCCCUGACACAGCGCAUCUUUCACUUCACCAACUGGACACCCGCUCUGAGCGUCGGCGCGUCAGCGACCGCCAGGGGAAGCGGACGACCCGCCACGCCUAGGGCGCACGCCGCGCGCCUCUGGAACCCGCAGAAUUUCUCUCCACGCGCGCCUGCGAUACCCAACGUUCCAGUAGUUCAUCCUGACAUUGCACGCACUGCUGAUAGGCCCGGCAAGUCAAAGGACGCCGAAGGCGAUUACCCUCUGCUCUCUGUGCCCGAACAGCGCACAAGUCGGCAGAGUCCGCAAGGAACCUCGCUUGCCGGGAACCGCACAAGCGCCGACUACAGUGCCCGACAAAGCGUUAAGCUACCGGCCGAGGUUAGAAAAAGCCCGCUCAGUGAUCGCUUCCCCUUUGGGAUCAGUGAGGACACGCCUCGUGGAGGAGAACGCGUAGGCGAGGAAGGUGGUGGUCCAGGCCCAACAACAGAAGCUGCCAGGAAAGCAGCCCAACAAAGAGCUAUUCGCCAGGAACGCAUGGACAAGAAAGAGAUGGCCACCGGAGAUCUUGGCAGUUCGCCGACUCGAGACGUUGAAAAUGGACGUCUACAAGUUCUGAAGAGAUCUCCAAGCAGAGCUUCGAUUCCGCAGUCCAGAGAUGGCGAUCAGGGUGCUCAGACGGAUGACGGCGACGAAUACGAAUGGGGACCAUCGCACCCAUGCUUUCCGCAUCUGAAUCCGCAUGUGCCGGUCAACUCGCCCCUCUAUCAGUCGACGCGCAUCAUUCGUAUUAAGCGCGAUUGGAUGCAGGUCGGUGAUCUGGCCCCCACGUUCAGCAAUCUCUAUCCGGAGGUAUUAGACCCAAACAUCUCGGAAGAUCAGUUCAGACGGAUCAUUGAGUAUAUCAACAAAGAGCUCAUUGAGGCCUUCAAUCCGUACAGUGCCCGAAACUUCGUCGACACUAUUUUGAGCGUGGCUACAUUCUGGCUAUGGGAAGACAUGGGUUUCGUCGCCAUCAAGCACCGCCUGGAGAAGCUGGAGAAGUGGAUUGCCGACUGGAACCGAGACGUGGGAAUGAAGGAGGGUGUGAGCAUCAUUCCAUUGAGACGCACAGGAUAUCUCACCCUUGACAUCCAGAUACCAGAUCCACAAAUUGGAAUCGACCUCAGCCUCGUCUCAAGGCCACACACCAGCAUAUCAGAUCGACCGCGUGAGUUAGGCGACGUUGGCGCUUACCCAAUCAACUUGUCGCCCACUAUGUCUCAGCAUCACUCCGCUGGAAUUGCUGUCUAACUUAAAACAUUUUCUUUUGAUUCCUCAUUACGCCGUGCAUUUAUAGACUGAAACAUGGUGCAAAAGCAUACGAGGCAAGCAUCGCAUUAGUGGAGUUUUGUUCGGUCUUCUACCAGCUUGGAGAUCGGAGAGUUCUUUUUACUUCUUUGACCGCUGAUCGUAUGCGUCAUGGCAGUUGCAUUCUAUUCUAUUCCUUUUGGCUUUUUUUCUUUUAAUGGCUCUCCACUUAUGUGGAACGGAUUGAUAGUGCUUUGCUCUAACGAUACCCUAGUAUAAACUUUACCCGUAAUCACUAUAACAAUUGAAUUCAAUAAUCAA